CCCGCCGUGCGGGUAGAGGAAGGCAGUGGGGAGGGAAGAGGGCAGAAACAGCUGAGCUGCUCUGCUUCCUCCUGCUCUUCAUCCUUCGUCCUUGAAGUUGGAUUGGGAAAUGCCAGUCCCUCAAACUCAUGCCGGGCCGUUCGACGAGGCAUCGUUGCCGUGGCAGGAAUAGUAGCAGUGGUCUGCCUCCUCUUCGUCGCAAUGAGUGACGGGACAUCGCUGAGGGAGGAAGGAAACUUUCUGCUAUCGUCACCGCCAUCCUCUUGCGUAUCUCCGCCAUGCUCCCCGAACGUGUUCAGCAAAGAUGAAUUCUCAAAGCUUUCCCGCAACAUGCGCGAUGGGAAGGCUGCUCUGCCCCCGGGAGAUGAGGCAGUCCAAGACGCCAUGGCGGCCGUGCUGGACGCGAAGACGAACCUGCAAGGCAUGCCAGAGGUCUCCAAGUCAACUCCUGCGAUUGCCGCUCCCGUGCAACAGAAUGUGGCGUUUCAGAGCCAGUGGGCGCAGAUGCAUGGGGGGGCGUCGGCGAAGUAUGUGGUGAAGACAUCGGGCAAGGAGAACAAGUUUGAGGCUUCUGAGCCCCCCCGUGCCGUCCAACAGAAGUUUACCUCGGGCAAGGACUGGGAGUCCAAGCAGAAGGAGCCCAAGGCUGCCAAAGGGAGCACCUCGGGGGAGGCAGAUGGAGGUAGCAAGACGAAAUUGCUCAAGGCGAUGGAGCACAUGUCCAAGGAGGGACUGCAGAAGCUGCUGAGGAUUCUGAUCGAGUCCAAGUCUGCGAGAGGCUCGGGGUCUGGCGGUGAGCAAUACGAGGGGAUCAACGCUCUGCUGCACCGAGAGGAGGACGCGGAUCGUCACCGACAGGCCAACGAGCUGCAUGCUGUCCGGGAGGUGAUGGAUGACCUCGUGGAGAGGAUGAAGCGACGGAGGCAGGAGGAGAGGGAGGACAGGGACAUCAUGAAGUCUCUCGCCAGCCGCCUUCGGGAGCCCUCGAGAGGGAAGAGUGCUGGUAGGCAUGAGAGCAAGCGUUCGGAGGACCUCGAAAUCUUGUCGAGACUUCUUCGAUCAAGGUCGAGCUGA